CAGACGACAGUGCGCUGCGGCGGCCCUCAUCUCGUCUUGGCGUGCCUGGACGUGAGUGCGGAGAAAGAUUAGCGAUCCGUUCAUAAUUUUAUCGAAGUUUUUUCGAAGCGCGAAACAUUUACGAACGACGAACCCAUUACGAAAAUGGCCGAGAUAACAGAUUUCGGACCGAGAAAGACGAUUUUUAUACUCGCGAUUGUGGCCAGCUGCUUCGCGGUAUUAUGGCCGAAAAUUUUCUACCCUAUGCUUACAGCAACUGUCACCCCACAUCAGCCUACGACAGACAGUUCUGUGUGCUGUGAAGUAAUAUUUGAAAGCGAUGUCACUGCAGUGGAUAUUAUGCAAGAAAUGUGUCAAAAUAUAUUGAGACAUCAUCCAGUUGAUCCACGUAUCAGAGAUGCAUUAAAACUUAACAAGCUAAGCCCACAAACAGCAAAUUUGUGUAGAGAGGAGGUUCUAGCCAGAUGUGGCAUAGAUUUAUCAUCUUUUCUCGCUGAAAGGGAACGGUUGGGGGAAACCUACAAACAAGUGUUGGAGGAAAUUAGAUCUUUCAAUAGCUCCCUUUGCCUUAAGAUGAACUUUGGUGUACCAUUGUCUCAAUUAGGGGUACCUCAUCUUAUUAGAUAUCAUAUCCUGAUGCCACAUAAUACUAUACGACAGGAGCGUCGUACUCCUCCUCACGCAGGCGGAAUGCAUCCUGCGAUGAGAGAGCGGGGAAGAGCCAUACCAUCCUCUCACAUUGUACCGAAAAUAAUAGAUAGAUCUGAUCGUGUUAUACCGAAAAUGAGACCACCUCUUGGUGGUGCUGGUCAUGUUGUUCCAGCUCCCAAGGGAAAUGGUACAAUGGGGAUUAUAAUGCCACUAUAUACAAUAGGGAUAGUUUUGUUUUUCCUGUACACCAUUGUUAAGGUCUUGAAAAAAAAUUCCGAUAGCGAAAUUAUUUCGGAAUAUCCAGGGGCAGCUGCUGAAAAGGAAUUUCGAAAAAUGGUGUUCAGUCCAGAAGCUCUCGCUACCGCAAUGACUGGAGGUACGCUACAUUAUUCAAGGGAAAAAUCACCAUAUAGGACUGCACCGACUAUAGAGGAAUUGAAGGAUCAAGCGGCAGGAGACAUAGAGAUAGAUCAAUUGAGACAACGAUUGGUCGAGACGGAAGCAGCCAUGGAAAGAAUCGUUGUCCAGAUGAGCAACAUAUCACGUUCUGUAAUGCAUAACUCGGGCUCACAGCCAGAAAUCAAGGAAGAGACUACAGUUCCGGAAUCACAUAGUAGAGAAGAUGAAGAGUUAGAUGCAGUAGAACAAUCACCAACAGUUAAAGUUAUGGGUAUGGAAAUGACAGCUAGUUGUGAAAGUGGACAGAAAUGUAGCAGACCUACCACCCCCAUUAUUUCUACACCAAGUAAUGUCGAAAGAGAAAAAACGCCACCAAAACCUAUAUAUUUAGAGGGUGCACUACCAUCGCAAUGUGAAUUACUUGUAACCGAUUCAGAAACACAAGCAGAAAAAUCAGAAGAUGACGACGACGCUCCCGUUGUUCUCUCAGGCAAAAUGACUCUCUCCCUCAUCAGCCUCGACCAGAUUCCAGCUGAUUCAGAGGAUGAAGCUCGAAAUGGAAAGGAAAAAAAAACUUUGAAAAAGAAAAUAAAUGCAGAAGUUGAGAAUGUACCAAACAAAAAAUCAAAGUUGUGGCAGAAUGAAGAAAAGGGGGAAAAUAAAAAAGAAGAGAAAAAAGAAGAGGAUAAAGAAGAAGAGGAGGUAGAGGAAGAGGAGGAAGUAGAGGAAGAAGAAGAGGUGCUAGAAGAAGAAGAAGAAGAACAAAUAGAGGAAGAGGAAGAAGAGGAGAUAGAGGAAGAGGAAGAAGAAGAAGAAGUAAUAGAGGAAGAGGAAGAAGAGAAGGUAGAGGAAGAGGAAGAAGAAGAAGAAGAAGAAGAAGAAGAAGAAGAAAAGCUAGAAGAAGACGAAGAAGAGAAUGUAGAAGAGGAGGAAGAAGAUAUGGAAAAGGAGUCUGAGGAUGAUAAAAAAGGAUUAUAAAGAAAAGGAUUGAGGAAUCAAUUUUCAAUCCAGAUGAACAUGACAAAGAAUACUGGAAAAAUAUGGAAAGUAAAAUGUGUAAAAGAGAAACCAAUCAAGAAUAAAAUGGCUAAACAAUUUUAUUUCUUUAGGCAAAUCAGUGUUUACCAAUCUUUAAAGAUUGAUCCCUUCAUUAUACAAAGCUAUAUAAUUAUUGCAAUAAUUAUAAGAAAGCUAAUAUAUAAAUAUACUCAUGAUAUAAAAAAAAAACAUAAACUUGUUGAUUAAGCACUGCCAAAUACCUAAAAUAUAUGUCUUAUAUUGUAUUAUCGCAUUUUCAUUUUUUUAAUCAUUAUAUUUAACAUUUUAUAGAAUCAUAAAUUUAUUGAUCAUAGGGGCCAAAGAAAGAGAGGCAGUGCUAUCUGUGCCACAUUAUUGACAUAGACACUUUAAUCUGUAACACAUAUUAUUACUCUAUAUACUUAAAAAAUCAUUUAUGAAAUAUCUUUUAGAUCUUGUAAAUGCCAAGAAAAAAAAUAAUAGGAAGAUUAUGAAUCUCUUUCCAAAUGUAGUAGAUAUCAAACUUGCUGAUUGGCAAGCACUGAUACAACUCAUACAAAAGCCAAAAAUAUAGUCUUUCUUUUUCUUUCUUACUAAAAAAAAAAGCAGGGUUCUUGUUCGUAAACCUAUUGCUUCAUUUACUAAUCGUUCUUUAAAUAUUUAAUUUUAUAUGAAGUUAUAGCAUUUUAUGUUUUUAUAUUUUUAGUUCUUUUUUAGUAUAAAAUUUUGUAAUGAACGCGUUUCUAUUUAUUUAUUAUUAUUAUACUAUUGAAAAUAUUUUACCAUUUCAACAUUUUUGAUCUUGAUUUCUAACUUUAGAAUUAGUAGUUAGAAUUAAUCUAACUUAGAUUAAAGAUAUAUUUGUUUAAAAUAAAAGUUUAUUUUAAUUAAAAGUUAAAAGUUUAUAUAAAUAAUCUUUAAUAAUAAUAUUUAAUAUUUAAUUAAUUAAUAUUUUAUUAUAUAUAAAACAUUUAGUAUUAAAAAAAAAUGUAAUUUGAAAAAAAAAAUAAAAAGCAGAUAUCUCUAUUCUCUA